UCCUCAACACGAUUUCUAACCAUUCCGACAAUGCCGCCAUGGUACCAUCCUAACACCGGCUGUGAUCCAUCACACCACUGGUCCUUCCUGGCGAGGAAGCGAGAACUCUCUACACUUGCGUUACGCGAUUCUCCACGAUCGCGAUUGUACCGUUCGCGUUGCGCGGGCUCGCGGGGUUUCGCCAAACCCGCCCGCCCCACGCGGGGCGCUGCGCCCGGCUGUAAAGAGGCACAAGUCCGCGUUUUUGCCAUUGCCAACGGGCUGGCCGUGACGGCUGGAGGGGGCACAUACGUCGUUUGGUCGUCAUCGAGAAUCGGCGACCGAGAACUUCUUUUCGGUGAACCCAAGUAAUAAUCAUCUUCU